AAAAGGAGUGUAUGACCCGUGGAGAGCGAACAAAGCCGCAGUAGGCUACCACUCGCUGUCAGGACUACUGUUUUUGUUGAUGUCAUCGGCAGCCGUGUUCCGAACCGGAUCGACCGUCAAUUUAUAGUCAGGAUUACUACAAUAACAAAAUAUAGCCUACAAUACAAGUAGUUAAGGUUUUUGGCGCACAGUGGAUAUGGGAGUUCUAACGUACUGUGUUUUACUUUUUCUAUUCCAGCAUUUGACAUCAGCUUAUGAUUUUAAAGAAGGACAAUAUAACAAUGGACAGUAUGAAUUUGUGAAAGAUCCCAGUUUGAAUAUCGAAAAGAGAUCAGCAGAUUUAGAAUUAGAACAGUUUGACUCUGAAUCAUCCGACCACAUAAGGAGCAGGAGAAGCGCGGAUGAAGGGGACUGUAAAAGUCUCCAGGGAUUCGACACCAAAUUGACUAACAACACCCACACCGUAAGUUAACCCUUCAGGUCCGGUUAGGUUAGACUUCUCACCGGUAUAAUAGGCUAAUGUUCUGCAGGUGACACGUUACCUCGACAAUUAUCCUCAUAAUAAGAAAAUGACUUGGGUUUUAACAGUACCGUUAACAUGAAACUAACCACAAUAUCUAUUCGCCAGCUUCUUGCAUGAGAUCAAUUUUUCAUGUUUCACAGCUCAUUCAACUGUAGUCAAGCCAGUUGAUACUGACACAAGUAGGCUACUGGAGUUAAAGAUUACUUCAAGCCCAUACAGAGCAGCAUAAUGGGUUUAAUGUUCAGUUUAGCAUCUCUGUAGCUAAUUGUUUAAGGGUACCUGUAAUUCAUUUAUCAAGUUUCAUCUUUAGUGAGUUUAGCAUACAGUUGCUCUGUAAUACAGUUGUAAUACAGUGUAGGUAUACAAUGAGCAAUUCAAAUGGUGUAUCCUUCCCAGGACAUAACUGCAUUGAGGCCAUUAUCUAGCCAGGCUAGUGUAUAUACACAUACGAAAUUAUUGACACCCUUGAUGAACACCCUUAGGCCGUCAUUGUAAAUAAGAAUUUGUUCUUAAUUGACUUGCCGUUUAAAUAAAGGUACAAUCAAAUACAAAUAAUGAAGAUGAGCAAUAAUGACUGUAUCAAAUAAAUAAUUCAAAUACUGAGCUAUUGUAUGCUCAAAUUGUUUUGGAAAUUAUAUUAUUUUAUACUAAUACAAAGAGGAAGGGGAAGAGGUUUUGUUUAACAAGUCAUAUUUUUUUUUCGCUCAGAAAGGUAGGGAUCAAAAUUAUUGACACCCCUAAAGAUUCUUAUAAAUAAAGUAGUCAGAUUUUGUAUUUUGUCCCAUAUUUCUAGCGCUCAAUGACUACAUCAAGCUUGUGAAUCUACAAACUUGUUGGAUACAUUUGCAGUUCGUAUUUGGUUGUGUUUCAGAUUCAUUUGUGCCCAAUAGCAAUGAAUGGUAAUAAUGUAUUGUGUCAUUUUGGAGUCACUUUUAUUAGGGGUUGGUUAGCAUGUCUGUAACCUUCUCACUCAUCAUGAUUUACCAUUCAUUCAGGAUUAUCCGUAAUCAUGGUAGCAUCAACAUCAAUGUAGAAGUCUUUAGACAAGUUUGUAGAGUCACAAACUUGAUGUAGUCAUUGCGUGCUAGGAAUACGGGACCAAAUACUAAACUUUAGGGGUUUCAAUAAUUUUGACCCCUACCUUUUUUCAGAAAAUAAAUGAUUGCUUGUUAAACAAAAUAUAUUUCUCUGAGAAAGAUUUUUAUUAGUAUAAAAUAAUAUAAUUUAGACAUCGUUUUGAGCGUACAACAUAGCUCAGCAUUUGAAAUGUUUAUUUUAUACAGUCAUUAUUGCCCCAUCUUUAUCAAGGGUGUCAAUCAUUUCAGAUUCCGCUGUAUGUGUCUCUCACCUGUUCUCUAAUGGUAAUGAGUUUGACCUAUAUUUCCUCAUGGGAACGAUACUGCCUGUAGUUCAUACCUGGCCUGGCCUGGCCUAACUACUUUGUUGUCAUGUUCUGCCACAGUGUCUACAGAGGGUCAAAUAGCAUUCUUUUUCAAUAAGGAAAUAGGUGAAACCUAGUGUUUGUUCGGCAGUUAGGUGAUUCAUGGGAACGAUGCUACCUGUAGUUCAUACUAGGCCUGCCCUAACUACUUUGUUGUCAUGUUCUGCCUCAGUGUGUUCGGAGGCCUAUGGGUGGUUGAACGGGCAGUCUGGUUUUUCAAGAAUUUCUAUUGCCUGUGCGUAAAGAGGAAGUGUUUAGUUGUAGGGGACGUGUGUGUGUGUUAGGUUGUUAAGUAAUUAGGUUAUAAGAUACACACAUUGCAAACUGUUUCUGCAUUUGAGAGCACAUUCUAGACAUUUAGACUGAACAGUAGUCCCCUGUAGCUCAGUUGGUAGAGCAUGGCGCUUGCAACGCCAGGGUUGUGGGUUCGUUUCCCACGGGGGGGGGCCAGUAUGGAAAAUUUAUGCACUCUGGAUAAGAGUGUCUGCUAAAUGACGUAAAUGUAAAACAUAUACAAAUUGGGAGUAGACCUAUAUUCCUAUGUUUUCGACUUGACAUUUAGACUAUGCAUUAGGCCUAUACUGUAGGCAGAACUGAUGAAAAUUGGGAAUAUGUUAUGAAGUUCUUGCCACUGACUGUCUUUCUUAAUGAUGUUGUCCUCAAACACUGUGCAGUCAGCUCUAACUAAAAGCGUUGUUUAAUUUCAGAUCACCAGAUGUCUUUUGGAAGCUGUCUGGUCCGUCUGUCUGGCUGUGUCAACACAGGACAGACAGACCAGUUUAGCAACGUCUUACCCAAUGCAUCCGCGUUCUACUCAGCUAACAAACCCAAUGCAUCCGCGUUCUACUCAGCUAACAAACAGCAUACCCACAGACGCCUCGUUGAGUUAGUUCGUAGUUCCUGAUAAUAUAAUUUGGUCCAGUUCUUGAUUUUCACUACCCCUGUCCUUCAUUUCCUUGUAGCAACAAAUUGCAUUUAGUAUAAACAUUUUAGUACCAUGUACAAUAUUAGUAUGAAUAUACACGUUAUUAUAUAGAUAUAUUAGCUUCAGGCUCUCACAGAUGACCUAAAGUUCCUGUCCUCCACUCCUAUGUAUGGCACUGUGUUAUCAGUUAUCAUGACCUCAACAUGACACUCAAUUCCACUAGGCAGGAUGUCACCCGAAACAAGUGUAGACCUGCACCAGGUGGGAACUGAAUCUGCAAUAGGUAAGCAGCUUGGUUUGAAGAAAUCAACUGUGGGAGCAAUUAUUAGGAAAUGGAAGACAUACAAGACCACUGAUAAUCUCCCUCGAUCUGGGGCUCCACGCAAGAUCUCACCCCAUGGGGUCAAAAUGAUCACAAGAACGGUGAGCAAAAAUUCCAAAACCACACGGGGGGACCUAGUGAAUGACCUGCAGAGAGCUGGGACCAAAGUAACAAAGCCUACCAUCAGUAACACACUACGCCGCCAGGGACUCAAAUCCUGCAGUGCGAGACGUGUCCCCCUGCUUAAGCCAGUACAUGUCCAGUCCCGUCUGAAGUUUGCUAGAGUGCAUCCAGAAGAGGAUUGGGAGAAUGUCAUAUGGUCAGAUGAAACCAAAAUAGAACUUUUUGGUAAAAACUCAACUCGUCGUGUUUGGAGGACAAAGAAUGCUGAGUUGCAUCCAAAGAACACCAUACCUACUGUGAAGCAUGGGGGUGGAAACAUCAUGCUUUGGGGCUGUUUUUCUCAAAGGGACCAGGACGACUGAUCCGUGUAAAGGAAAGAAUGAAUGGGGCCAUGUAUCGUGAGAUUUUGAGUGAAAACCUCCUUCCAUCAGCAAGGGCAUUGAAGAUCAAACGUGGCUGGGUCUUUCAGCAUGACAAUGAUCCCAAACACAACCGCCCGGGCAACAAAGGAGUGGCUUCGUAAGAAGCAUUUCAAGGUCCUGGAGUGGCCUAGCCAGUCUCCAGAUCUCAACCCCAUAGAAAAUCUUUGGAGGGAGUUGAAAGUCUGUGUUGCCCAGCGACAGCCCCAAAACAUCACUGCUCUAGAGGAGAUCUGCAUGGAGGAAUGGGCCAAAAUACCAGCAACAGUGUGUGAAAACCUUGUGAAGACAUACAGAAAACGUUUGACCUGUGUCAUUGCCAACAAAGGGUAUAUAACAAAGUAUUGAGAAACUUUUGUUAUUGACCAAAUACUUAUUUUCCACCAUAAUUUGCAAAUAAAUUCAUUAAAAGCCUCCUCAUCUUUUAAGUGGAACACUGUAUAUUUUAGCUACAUAAACUACUAAUAACAUUUCAUGGCCCUGACCCCCUUUAUAAUGAACCUAUCAUGCUCUUUCUAGGACAACAUUGUAAAGAAAGAAUGAAUGAUACUAAUGUGCUCUUCGAAUAAUAAUCCUUACUGUACAUGACCAACUGACAUAACAGAGGGAACCCAAAGAUCCGAAAAUAGCAUCUGCAGCCACGGCCUAUAUCUGCAGCCACGCCUAUAUCUGCAGCCACGGCCUAUAUCUGCAGCCACGGCCUAUAUCUGCAGCCACGGCCUAUAUCUGCAGCCACGGCCUAUAUCUGCAGCCACGGCCUAUAUCUGCAGCCACGGCCUAUAUGCAGCCACGGCUAUCUGCACCCAGGCCUAUAUCUGCAGCCACGGCCUAUAUCUGCAGCCACGGCCUAUAUUUGAUGCAUGUGAUGAAACUCCAGGCACUGAGAGAAACGAGCAGGGACACCACCUCCUGUACCCUAGUUAACCUCUGACAGCAAACAAUCCGCUUUAUAGUCAGUCCUUGGCAACAACUUGUAGGCAGGGCCGGACUUAGAAAUCAUAGCCCUGACCCACCUAAUGAUGAAGAUGAAGCCAUAGGCUACUCACGGUGAUGGCCGAUGUACUCCUCGUACUCCUACAUCUCAAGAUGGGAUACUUUGAAAAACAGUGCUGCUGUUAGCUCCAAAUUGGGAGUUCCUGAGAAAAUACAAUUUCUAUUGACUCACACAAUUGACCAGUCAAUGCCCCUGACUCACGCAAUUGACCAGUCACAUUAAUAUGCAGUUUAUUUUAUUGUAUUAUUAAUCAGUUACCCAAUCAAGACCCCCCCCAGUUACCCACGUGGGUCUCUGAACCAACCAUGAAUUGGACUAUUUGUCCAAACAAUGACCACUUACUGAUUAUGGGCUUCCCAAAACAUAAUCAAUUAAAUCAAUGCUGUACGUACAGUAUCCUGUUGUCACAGAUCUUCUAUUUUUCCAUAGUUUCUCUGUCCCAGCCAGACGUUGAACCCAGAUGCAGGGUUAUGGGUAAUCUAGAGACUAAAUGUGUGUCCCAGAUGGUAACCUUUUCCCUAUGUAGUGCACUACUUUGCACUAAUAGCGCACUACCUUCUCAAAAGCAGUGCACAUUAUAGUGAAUAGGGUGCCAUUUUGGACGAACCCUAAAGGCUGAAGAAAUAAUUCCUAGAGGCUCAUUCUAAAUUCCCCCAUAGGUCCAACCAUAGAUUGUAUAUAUAGUGAACAAAAAUAUACAGUUGAAGUCGGAAGUUUACAUACACCUUAGCCAAAUACAUUUAAACUCAGUUUUUCACAAUUCCUGACAUUUAAUCCUAGUAAAAAUUCCCUGUCUUAGGUCAGUUAGGAUCACCACUUUAUUUUAAGAAUGUGAAAUGUCAGAAUAAUACUAGAGAGAAUGAUUUCUUUCAGCUUUUAUUUCUUUCAUCACAUUCCCAGUGGGUCAGAAGUUUACACACACUCAAUUAGUAUUUGGUAGCAUUGCCUUUAAAUUGUUUAACUUGGGUCAAACGUUUCGGGUAGCCAUCCACAAGCUUCCCACAAUAAGAUGGGUGAAUUUUGGCCCAUUCCUCCUGACAGAGCUGGUGUAACUGAGUCAGGUUUGUAGGCCUCCUUGCUCACACACACUUUUUCAGUUCUGUCCACACAUUUUCUAUAGGAUUGAGGACAGGGCUUUGUGAUGGCCACUCCAAUACCUUGACUUUGUUGUCCUUAAGCCAUUUUGGCUUAAGGACAACAGUUGCAAACCAUAGUCUGGCUUAUUAAUGGCCGUUUUGGAGCAGUGGCUUCUUCCUUGCUGAGCGGCCUUUCAGGUUAUGUUGAUAUAGGACUUGUUUUACUGUAGAUAUAGAUACUUUUGUACUGUUUCCUCCAGCAUCUUCACAAGGUCCUUUGCUGUUGUUCUGGGAUUGAUUUGCACUUUUCGCACCAAAGUACGUUCAUCUCUAGGAGACAGAACACGUCUCCUGCAUGAGCGGUAUGACGGCUGCGUGGUCCCAUGGUGUUUAUACUUGCGUACUAUUGUUUGUACAGAUGAACGUGGUACUUUCAGGCGUUUGGAAAUUGCCCCAAGGAUGAACCAGACUUGUGGAGGUCUACACAUUUUUUUCUGAGGUCUUGGCUGAUUUCUUUUCAUUUUCCCAUGAUGUCAAGCAAAGAGGCACUGAGUUUGAAGGUAGGCCUUGAAAUACAUUGACAGGUACACCUCCAAUUGACUCAAAUGAUGUCAAUUAGCCUAUCAGAAGUUUCUAAAGCCAUGACAUCAUUUUCUGGAAUUUUCCAAGCUGUUUAAAGGCACAAUCAACUUAGUGUAUGUAAACUUCUGACCCACUGGAAUUGUGAUACAGUGAAUUAUAAGUGAAAUAAUCUGUCUGUAAACAAUUUUUGGAUAAAUUACUUGUGUCAUGCACAACGUAGAUGUCCUAACCGACUUGCCAAAACUAUAGUUUGUUAACAAGAAAUUUGUGGAGUGGUUGAAAAAUGAGUUUUAAUGACUCCAACCUAAGUGUAUGUAAACUUCCGACUUCAACUGUAUGUCUCUUCUUUUUCGAGAAGGUUUGACAGUUGAUUGACAGUUGGGACUGGUUGUACUAGUGCAGCCUCCGACUGUGAGGGCGUUUGGUCUGAAGCCUAUGCUACUGGUCGGCAUGCCAAGGAUUAGGGGUAUUUGAUUGUGUACUCUUGAACACUUCUCUUUCUACAUGUAAUGUUUUGUAAUACUUAGAGAUUUGGAGAGGGAGAGGCAUGGUACAGCAUUAGGUUAACGGCUGGGUGAACACAGCAGAGAGGUAGAGUUGACUAAAACGAUUUCUGGAUUACUCACACUCCAUGACUAAUGUGAUGCUUGCCUUUAUAAAUGAUGUUGUGAUGGAUUUCAGUCUGUGAACAAUAAACAACAUGACUGCAAAUAUUCCUAUUUGCUCUCUUUUCUUGUCAGUACUCCUUCAAUGACCUGAGUGGGUCCGUGUCACUGGCCUGGGUCGGAGACGCCACUGGGGUGAGUUUUACUAUUCCAUGUUCCAUUCUGUCCCAAUUACGUACUGAUAUAACUAAAUGAUCGGUAUGUCAAACCAGGGUCUCAAACUUAUAGAUGGAAUACAGGUGUUCUAUACUAGUCCUUAUAGGUGUUCUAUACUAGUCCUUAUAGGUGUUCUAGACUAGUCCCUAUAGGUGUUCUAAACUAGUCCUUAUAGGUGUUCUAUACUAGUCCUUAUAGGUGUUCUAGACUAGUCCUUAUAGGUGUUCUAGACUAGUCCUUAUAGGUGUUCUAGACUAGUCCUUAUAGGUGUUCUAGACUAGUCCUUAUAGGUGUUCUAAACUAGUCCUUAUAGGUGUUCUAUACUAGUCCUUAUAGGUGUUCUAGACUAGUCCUUAUAGGUGUUCUAGACUAGUCCUUAUAGGUGUUCUAGACUAGUCCUUAUAGGUGUUCUAGACUAGUCCUUAUAGGUGUUCUAGACUAGUCCUUAUAGGUGUUCUAGACUAGUCCUUAAACUGGACUUGUUCUGUACAGGUCAUCCUGGCUUUGACAACAUUCCAAGUUCCAUUCUUCAUGUUGAGAUUCGGCCAGUCCAAACUCUACCGAAGGUAAGAGUAGACUGAUUCAUCACCAGUUGUGUCAAAUAAUUUCUGUGGUAAAAUAAAGCCAGAUAUUAUUUGAGCUGACGAGUGGUUGAAUAUUAAAAGUGUGCUUUCUCAGUGAGAACUAUGGGAAGUCGUUCCAGGACGUCACAAAACUCAUCAACAACACUUUCAUCAGGACAGAGUUCGGCAUCGCCAUCGGACCAGAGAACUCUGGGAAGGUAAGACGUGUUUUUAAAACCUGUGAACAAUCUUACGUGUUCAUGGCAUGUUCUAGAAGAAACGUUUCUGAAAAUAAUGGCAACACUUUACUGAAAGACUGCAGGAAUAACUUUGUUAGUUUUAUAAGCAUGUAUGAACCUUUACUGUCUUGUAUUAAGGCUUAUAAUAUGUUAUGUCUCCAUAUGUAUCAAAAGACGUGAUGUUGCAGACCACUGUUCAAGGGGACAUAUCAUCAUUUGGUUUGCCUGUCCUGCUCCUCCCAGGUGAUCCUGACAGGUGAUGUGUCUGGCAGCCUGGGCUCUCGUAUCUUUCUCUCCAGAGACUUUGGGAAGAGCUUUGAGCAGCAGGACCUUCCCUUCAACCCCCUGAUGCAGAUCAUGUACAACCCCAGAGACGCCAACGUUCUCCUGGUUAUCAGCAACACUGUGAGUCGGGGGUCAAGGGGCGUGUGCGUGCGCGUGCGCGCGUAUGGAGGGUGAGGAGUACUACAAAGUAUUCUUACUUCUCCUAACACCCAGACCCAUCAGCACACUUAACUUAUCAAUACUUUUACAACACCAGUGGUCUAGGCAGCCUCAACAUGUACCUCUCAGGGUUGAUAAGAGCUGUUCAGACCCUCUCUAUCUAAAUCACUUUAUGGUCUCUCAUUAGUAGGUCUGUUAACCCUUUACACUCGUGGGAAUUUACCUAUAUGGAUAGGGCUAAAUUGAAAGGUUUCUUACAAAAGAAAUAUGAAAAUGCAUAAGCAUGGUAGCAAUUGAAAAGGAACAGUUUGGAGAUUAUGGGAAAAUGAUUAGACCAAAGUUAAGGAGGUCCCAUGUAGCUCAGUUGGUAGAGCAUGGCGCUUGCAACGCCAGGGUUGUGGGUUCGAUUCCCACGGGGGGCCAGUAUGAAAAUGUAUGCACUCACUAACUGUAAGUCGCUCUGGAUAAGAGCGUCUGCUAAAUGACUAAAAUGUAAGAUGUAAGGACAGUUUACCUGGCACAAGACUGAAUCCAAACAUUACACUGUUGACUUUAUGUGCAUUUUACAUUUACUGUACUUUUACCCCGCAUUUGUUGAUAACGAAAACAGAAAAUGCUCUGGAUACAUUCAGUAACAUGAUAAGAAUAUUCCUGGAAAAUGUGGGGUAGGUGCAACAUAAGACAAAAAAAAUGACAAAGGUUUGAGUGAGAGGACUAACUGGUGUCUCCAAUUGGCCACACACCUCUACAAAGUGUGCACAGUUCGUAAGCAAUUUCAAUGCACUUUUAUGACUCAAAGAAGAGUUUUCAACUAUAAGGUGAUUUUCUUUAGCUCUCCUAGCUGUGAUGUUGAGGAACUACAGCAAGCAGACUUGUAGUUGUUUAGUUUGGAACACAUACCUGCUUCCCGCCAUCACACAAUUACUGUCGUUGUUUACGCAAUCCAAAAACGGACCAUUUAUAAAUCACAAUCUGGGUCAGGUGGUCAUGAUUUGAAAGCUUGUUCUAUUGCAAACAUGACUAGCUAAGUUACAAAAUAUGAUAUUACAGUGUUAGGCUUUCACAGGGUAAUUCAGAGAAACAGAUCAUAAUUUUGGUGCGCAUAGAAAGGAAUCAUGAGCUCAUUCAGGUGUGUGACACAGUGAAUAAACAAACAGGCUCAUUCUGUUCAGAACAACCCAGGGUACGACGCCAUGUCAUCUCGUAACUGUACAUCAGACACAGGCUCAUUCUGUUCAGAACAACCCAGGGUACGACGCCAUGUCAUCUCGGAACUCUACAUCAGACACAGGCUCAUUCUGUUCAGAACAACCCAGGGUACGACGCCAUGUCAUCUCGUAACUGUACAUCAAACACAGUGAUCAUAAACGUUGACACUGUAUGUGACAUGAGUUUUAUGAUUUGGAAACGGGAAGUGCACAUUUGGACUCACGGGUGUUCGGCUUGCUUGUAUGAUAUUAAAGCAGUAUUUAUUAUAAUCCUCAACGUCUCAUCUUUCAAAAUACAUAGAGUCCUCUUCAUUUACAGCAUUUCCUCAAUUCAGACAUCAAAACAUUUAGCAAAAGUUUCCCAAUUACCGGAAGGGAUGGGGCCAACUUCUUGUUGCGAGCGUUGCUCAAGUUCAGAACGGCUGUCGGUCAAAACCCAUACAGCACUGUGAAGCACAGAGCCAGAGCUCUGACGUCAUGUAUAGCAUGUUACUGUUCAGACACUACGUUCCAAUUUAGGCGCUGAUUAGUGCCCAAAUCUUAAAUGUUCAACCCGUACACAGGUACUAGUGUAGAGGGCUUUUAUGUGUCAGGUGGAGAGGAGUAAAGCUGUGGGAAUCAAAACAAAACUAGAGAGAACAUUAUUGGGGCCAUAUCUUUUGUUGUGUAUAUGGCAAUGUAUGUAUUUUUAAUACUCUUGUAAACCCUUUACAGAACGAGCUCUGGCUGUCAGAGGACUUUGGAGAGAACUGGAGGAAGAUCCAUGACAUGGUGUGUCUGGUCAAAUGGUAAGAGACAUGAUACAAGAUAUAGGAAUAGAGUUAGCAGAAGACCCCGUCCUUACAUGGCUGCCACAGGGUAAGAGUUAGGAUCUAUUAGCAGGCAGUUAUCCCAUUGCUCACGGUCUGUUUGAGUUCCUAUAAUGAGCACUGUUGUUAUGUAGACUGUACUGGAUGUUCAUUCCCUCUUUAACUGCAGCUCAGUCCCUGUGGUUAAUUUGGUGGAAUUAUAUUUGCUUGACCUCUUCUCCGUCGGGCAGCUAGCCGAUUAGUUUUAGAUGUAGUAUGUUGAAUAAACCCAUAGAGUUAGAAUACUAGAAUGGACAUGAACCUUCUUAUGAUGGUCCAAAGGUCAGACAUGUUGGUCAGGGAGUUAGUCAACCAUGGUUUGCCAGUGCUGUUAUAAGAUAUUGUUUCAAACAAUGUUUGUGAAGAAUGUAUCUGCACUGUAGGUGUUAGCUAGCUAGCCAGCCAGUUUUAGAGGAAUGAUUCCAUAAAUGUUUCAAAUGAACUGCCAAUACGCCAACAUUCCAUUCUAACAAUGCAGUCAAUCCACAGCCACACACUGGCUGAAAUCAGUUGAUGAUAGGACUUAGGCCAGCAAUAAGCCUAGUGGUUAGAGAGUUGGGCCCGCUAGUUUGAAUACCCGGGUCGACAAGGUGAAAUAUCUGUCGGUGUGCCCUUGUUUUGCUCCAGGGGCACUGUACUAUUAUGGCUGACCCUGUAAAACAACACACUUCACUGCACCUAUCCUGUGUUUUUUUUUUACAAGUUGUAAAUGCAACAAGUACUGAUAUUGUAUCAUAUAAUAGCACUCACAGCUUUCCAAGAAAACCAAAUCUGAGACAUUUAUGGUCUGUUAACAUAUAUUUUAGAGGCUAUUUAUACAGAUGUAUAAAAUCCAUAUAAACUGUAUUUGUAAUUAUAUGACAAUAUUUUAGGUUGACAAUAAUUCUAUUGCACUUUCUGAUAUAUCACACUUUUUAAUGUCCUGCAUAAGUAAAAGCAGGAAAUGCAUCACCUCUGCCUCUACUGCCAUUCAUUCCAAUUAAGACUGGGUUUGGAUUUCUCCCUGACCAAGAUGGCUGCCAUUUUCACCCAGUUAUGGUACUUUGAGGGUUUAGUCCCUCUAGUAAUUUAAUAGGAUCUCUAUGACUAGACCUCUCAGCUAGCUGAUUAGUUGUAGACGUAUGUUGAAUAAACAUACUAAAUAAACAUCCAAUACGGCCCCCACUGCUAUCAGGGCACCAUACACACAGUAACACACUGUAAAACACAGUAAAACACUAUAAAACACACUGUAAAACUCACUGUAAAACACAGUAACACAAAGUAAAACACACUGUAAAACACACUGUAAACAUCCAAUACUGCCCCCACUGAUAGCAGAGGGCACCAUACACACUGUAAAACACACUGUAAAACACACUAUAAAACACACUGUAAAACACACUGUAAAACACACUGUAAAACACACUGUAAAACACACUGUAAAACACACUGUAAAACACACUGUAAAAGCAGGCAGUAAACAGGAAUUGCAGUUGUGUUAGUUAGUGUUUGACUAGGUGUUCUGAGCCAAGCCCACAGAAGCUGUAGUUUUGUGUAGAGUUAUUUCCUGGAUCUGCCUGCAUUGUGAUGAAAGGGCGUCAGUAGUUACUGUGAGCGUUUGUUUACCCUCGCUGGUUCGCUUUCUAAUGCUGCGACACCCACACACACACACACACACACACACAGCGAUAUCACACCACCCAGCCUCUCCUCCCAGUCCCUACAGACCUAACCUUGAUAGGAGUACAGGAAUAUAGUUCAAACUUAACUAGGGCAUGACAAGAGUUUCUGAAGACAAACACAACAGAACAUUUGGAGCAAAGUACAUAUUUGAGAAGGGCAUGAAUGUGGCAGGGAGCGUGUGAUAAACUGUAACCAAGACGAUAAAGCAUGUCACCAAGGUCCUUUUUAGGACUGCGGGAACAACUAUUGUUUGUCUCUACAGCCUGUCUCAAAUUCUAUCAUCACCAGUGUGUCCCAAAGUAUAUCAGUCCAGUAUACAUUGAAAACAGUGACCUUGGUGCUGUACUAGCAACUAAACAUGUUUUACAAAGGCUAGUAAUGUGUGGUGACAGCUAGUCUUCUUCUCUGUUUCCAGGGGGAUGAACAGGAACAUAUUCUUCACCUCCAACCUCAAUGGAUCCUGCAGUGAGUGACACUGACACCCAUUCAAAUAGCUAAUAAACUCCAGAAUUACUUUAUAGUCUCCAUAGUCUCUAUAGUCUCUAUAGUCUUUAUAGUCUCUAUAGUCUUUAUAGUCUCUAUAGUCUUUAUAGUCUCUAUAGUCUCUAUAGUCUUUAUAGUCUCUAUAGUCUUUAUAGUCUCUAUAGUCUCUAUAGUCUCUAUAGUCUCUAUAGUCUAUAUAGUCUUUAUAGUCUCUAUAGUCUUUAUAGUCUCUAUAGUCUCUAUAGUCUCUAUAGUCUUUAUAGUCUCUAUAGUCUUUAUAGUCUCUAUAGUCUCUAUAGUCUCUAUAGUCUCUAUAGUCUAUAUAGUCUUUAUAGUCUUUAUAGUCUCUAUAGUCUUUAUAGUCUCUAGUCUCUAUAGUCUCUAUAGUCUCUAUAGUCUCUAUAGUCUCUAUAGUCUCUAUAGUCUCUAUAGUCUUUAUAGUCUCUAUAGUCUUUAUAGUCUUUAUAGUCUCUAUAGUCUCUAUAGUCUCUAUAGUCUUUAUAGUCUCUAUAGUCUCUAUAGUCUUUAUAGUCUCUAUAGUCUUUAUAGUCUCUAUAGUCUCUAUAGUCUUUAUAGUCUCUAUAGUCUCUAUAGUCUCUAUAGUCUCUCGUGACAGAUUACCAUAAAUAGUUCAUGUGUAAUUUGGUUCUGGAUUCCAAGAUGAAUAACUUGAUAUCUAACUUUAAGACUAGAUAAGGAGAACAUCUGUCUCACCUUCUCAGAUGACAGGGGGAUGCUGGACUUGAGGAGGACAACGGAUUAUGGGAAGACCAUAAAGACCGUUGCCACUAAGAUCUUCUCUUUCGGCCUGGGGGGAAAGUUUCUGUUCGCCUCUGUUAUGACUGGAACUGUAAGUAUGAGGAACUUUGUGUGUGUGUGGUCUACUUGUUUGCUUGUGUGUGUUGGUUAGUUUGCAUAAUAUUUGUGUUCCUGCUUUGAAUGUGAGCUUGUUCUCUAAGCCUAAUGCCCCCCCCCCCCCCUCUCUCUGUGUUUCUCUCUCUCUGUUUUUCUCUCUCUGUUUCUCUCUCUGUUUUUCUCUCUCUGUUUCUCUCUCUCUCUCUGUUUUUCUCUCUCUGUUUCUCUCUGUUUUUCUCUCUCUGUUUCUCUCUCUCUCACUCUGUUUUUCUCCCUCCCUCCCCCAGGGCACUCUGAGGAUUAUCCAUGUGUCGACUAACCAUGGGGAGGAGUGGAACAUGGCUCAGCUGCCUCCGGUUGGCCACGAGGAGUUCUAUUCCAUCCUGGCAGCCAAUGAGGACAUGGUGUUCAUGCACGUGGACGAACCAGGAGGUCAGUCAAUAGCCAAUACUGUGUUCUUUCUUUCUUGUCUUAUUUCCACACGGUGUCUCACUAAAUAACCAUGUUGGAGAGAACCCUAACAGGACAAAUGUUCUCUCCCCAGACACAGGCUUUGGCACCAUCUACGUUUCAGAUGACAGGGGGACAGUGUAUUCUAAGUCUCUGGAGCGUCACCUCUACACCACCACAGGGGGCGACACUGACUUCACCAACGUUACCUCUCUACGAGGAGUCUUCAUCACUAGUGUACUGGCAGAGGGUAGGGACCGCACGCACGCACACACACACACACACACACACACACACACACACACACACACACACACACACACACACACCACACCACACCACACCACACACACACACACACACCACACACACACACCACACACACACACACACACCACACACACACACACCACACACACACACACCACACACACACCACACACACACACACACACACACACACACACACCUGCUUUAAAUGCCCCAACAGUUAGAGCAGCUCUGAGGGAGUUCCAAAGACUCCUGUUUCCGCAGACUACAGUGUAUUAUGCCAUAACAGUCAUGAGGCCCAGGAUGUAUGACUUUCAUUAGCUGUUCAGUGUGAGAUCAGCUGCAGGUCUACAACAGUUCAGAAUGACCAGUAGAGCCAUAUACAGUGGAUUAUAUGUACACUCCCCUACAUAUUUAUAUGGACCGUGAAGCUACAUCGUUUUGGCUCUUUACGCCAGCAUUUGGGAUUUGUUUCAUAUGAGGCGACAGUACAGAAUGGCACCUUUUAUUUGAGGGUAUUUUCAUGCAUAUCUGUUUUACUGUUUAGAAAUGAAAGCACUUUAUGUAUCUAGUCCCCCCCCCCAUUUGAAGAUGUCAUAAGUAUUAGGACAUAUUCACUUAUAUGUGUAUUAAUGUAGUCAACACUUUAGUAUUUGGUCCCAUUUUCCUAGCACGCAAUGACUACAUAUGUGCCCAAUAGAAAUUAAUGGUAAAUAAUGUAUUGUGUCAUUUUGGAGUCACUUCUAUUGUAAAUUAGAAUAAAAUAUGUUUCUGAACACUUCUACAUUAAAGUGGAUGCUACCAUGAUUACGGAUAAUCAUUGGGAAUAAUGAUGAGUGAGAAAGUUACAGGGGUACAAAGAUCAUACCCCCAAGACAUGCUAACUUCUCACUAUUACCAAUAACAGGGGAGUAUAGCAUUUCUUGGGAGGGUAUGAGCUUUGUUCCUACUUUUUUUUCCUACCUUUAUUUAACCAGGUAAGCCAGUUGAGAAGAAGUUCUCAUUUACAACUGCGACCUGGCCAAGAUAAAGCAAUUAAUACACUAUACUUUAAGUGAAUUUGUCCAAAUACUUAUUGAAAUGGGGGGACUAGAUACAUAAAGUGCUUUCCUUUCUGUACUGUCGCCACAUAUGAAAUAUUUUAUCUAAAAUCCAAAAUGCUGGAGUAUAGAGACAAAUAAAACAUUUAAAAAAAAAUAGCUUCACUGUCCAAAUAAAUACGUAGAGGAGUGUAAAUGUCUCUUUUUGUUGUUGUCCAGACGGCUCGGUGCAGUCCGUGGUAUCCUUCGACCAGGGAGGGGAAUGGGUGCCCCUGCAGAAGCCUGACAACACCAAGUGUGACUCCACAGCUAAAGACCCCGACAAGUGCAGUCUCCACAUCCACGCAGCUUACAGCACGGCUAUGAAGCUGAACGUCCCCAUGCUGCCUCUCAGUGAACCAAACGCUGUAGGACUCAUCAUGGCUCACGGUAAAUCACACACGCAGGCAUGCAAGCACACACACACACACACACACACACACACACACACACACACACACAUCUCAUUCUCCUACAUCUCCUUCUCCUCAUUAACCUGUUCAUGACUGUGUCAAUUUGACUAAGCAAAAAGGCCAGGCCAUUGUGCUGGAGUCUGAUCGAGCGCUAACACUCGGGGUUCCAGCCUCAACUCUGCCACUAAUCUGUGGCCCUCUCCCAUAUGUAUCUCCUGACCUCCCAUAUGUAUCUCCUGACCUCCCAUAUGUAUCUCCUGACCUCCCAUAUGUAUCUCCUGACCUCCCAUAUGUAUCUCCUGACCUCCCAUAUGUAUCUCCUGACCUCCCAUAUGUAUCUCCUGACCUCCCAUAUGUAUCUCCUGACCUCCCAUAUGUAUCUCCUGACCUCCCAUAUGUAUCUCCUGACCUCUGAACCCUGACCUCUGACUCCCACCCCCAGGGAUUGUGGGCGAUUCUAUCCCUGUGAUAAUACCCAAUGUAUUUUGGUCAUUCAGCAGACGCUCUUACCCAGAGCGACUUACAGUCAGUGAAUUCAACUAAAAGGUAGAUAAAGAACCACAUAGUCAUUGCAGGUAAAGCAGUUAUCAGUUAAAUCAGUGCUAGUAAGAAAAUAAGAGUGUGAGUGUCUUAUUAAAUACCGGUACGUAUAGUUAUUUCUACUUUGACAAGUUGCUGCAUGACAGAAAUCAGAUAUGGCAUUAUCCAAAGCGACUUAGUCAUGCUUGCAUACAUUUUUUAUGCAUGGGUCGGCUCAUCCUCAGAGAGCCCUGAUACAGCCCUGUGGAGGCAGAGGGGGGGCUGAUAUAGCCCUUUGGAGGCAGAGGAGGGGCUGAUACAGCCCUGUGGAGGCAGAGGAGGGGCUGAUACAGCCCUGUGGAGGCAGAGGGGGGGCUGAUACAGCCCUGUGGAGGCAGAGGAGGGGCUGAUACAGCCCUGUGGAGGCAGAGGGGGGGCUGAUACAGCCCUGUGGAAGCAGAGGAGGGGCUGAUACAGCCCUGUGGAGGCAGAGGACGGGCUGAUACAGCCCUGUGGAGGCAGAGGGGGGGAUGAUACAGCCCUGUGGAGGCAGAGGACGGGCUGAUACAGCCCUGUGGAGGCAGAGGGGGGGCUGAUACAGCCCUGUGGAAGCAGAGGAGGGGCUAAUACAGCCCUGUGGAGGCAGAGGGGCUGAUACAGCCCUGUGGAGGCAGAGGAGGGGCUAAUACAGCCCUGUGGAGGCAGAGGAGGGGCUGAUACAGCCCUGUGGAGGCAGAGGAGGGGCUGAUACAGCCCUGUGGAAGCAGAGGAGGGGCUAAUACAGCCCUGUGGAAGCAGAGGAGGGGCUAAUACAGCCCUGUGGAGGCAGAGGGGCUGAUACAGCCCUGUGGAGGCAGAGGAGGGGCUAAUACAGCCCUGUGGAGGCAGAGGAGGGGCUAAUACAGCCCUGUGGAGGCAGAGGGGCUGAUACAGCCCUGUGGAGGCAGAGGAGGGGCUAAUACAGCCCUGUGGAGGCAGAGGAGGGGCUGCACAAACCCAGUGAUCACAUUAAUGGACAAACCAAUGGAAUGUGAGAAGUACUGCGCUUCAACAUGAUUGAGGACAAUGGACAAAGAAAUCCUUAAAACUCACCAAAAUAUUCACCGGGGGAAUCUAAAUGAUCUUGAACGCCCUCAUCUUCAUGUUGUUUGUCCCCUCCCUCUCCCCUUCCCCCGGCCCGGGCUGUUUCAGAACCAAGCAGAACAUCACAGACGUCAGGAGGCGGUACAGAACCAAGCAGAACAUCACAGACAUCAGGAGGCGGUACAGAACCAAGCAGAACAUCACAGACAUCAGGAGGCGGUACAGAACCAAGCAGAACAUCACAGACAUCAGGAGGCGGUACAGAACCAAGCAGAACAUCACAGACAUCAGGAGGCGGUACAGAACCAAGCAGAACAUCACAGACAUCAGGAGGCGGUACAGAACCAAGCAGAACAUCACAGACAUCAGGAGGCGGUACAGAACCAAGCAGAACAUCACAGACAUCAGGAGGCGGUACAGAACCAAGCAGAACAUCACAGACAUCAGGAGGCGGUACAGAACCAAAUAAGCAGAGUUGUAGACAGUCCAAUCAGAAGCACACCGAACAAACCGGACCCCCCAGAACUAUCAGCCAGGCACCACCACAACAGCUCACCCUGUGUGUCUGGGGGUUUUGCACUCCACACAGAUGCAUCUCUGAAACAGGGGUCGACCAGUGAACAAGAGACCCCAUACCAAAUGCUGCAAGACGUGAGACUGUGUAGUUGUUUUGAUGUGUAUGCUGACAACGAAGAAGACAGAAGACAGGUAGAAGUGGACCUCGGACACGGCCGGGUUGAGAGAGAAGAACUCUGAGGCCAUCGUCCCUCCCACUCCAGUCACGAUCAGCCACAGGACGUAGCCAUUGGUGGGAACCCUCAGGAUGAGAUUGAUUGCGCAGGAAGCAGUGUUGAUGAAAAUGCAUUGUGCAUAAAGGUCAGCUACUGAAGUUCUGUUUGUCUCUGAGAUGUUCAUGUCUUCACCUUCUGGACUGGUGAGCGGGCUUCAAUAUGCUUCUACAAUGAUAAAGAGUUGUUACUAGGAUUGUUCCUGUUGCAAUGGCACGGUAAAACAUUAAUCAAUCAAAGGAAUCAAGAUUGGGGUCAAUUCCAUUUCUACUCAGUCAAUUUAGGAAAUCAAUCAAUAUUAGCAGCACAAAAUGAUAUGUUAUUCAAUUAACUCACUUCAUCUUAUUCAACACAUCUGAAUCAUCUAAAUUCUACAAAAACUAACAUUUUACCGCAUUGUUUCUUACAUUAGAGACAAUGUCAGUGAUAAAAGGUACACACCUGAAUGGACGGAGUUCUCCUCUGGUCUGGAAAGUGUAGAGGCGACGUUACAUAGACAAGCUGAAGCUGGAGUGCUGCAAACAUUCAUACACACACACACACACACACACACACACACACACGGCCUUGUCUUUACAUUGAUUGACCACAUCUGACAUGAAAAUGUUGACGUGCAAAAUGUAAUCUAUAUCACACCACUAUAUGCCAUGUAGUGUGCUAUGGAUGUGUCUUGGAUAAGGCUGGGAGUUUUUCCUGCCAGGUCAAAUGGUGCUGAAGGUUUACCAUAUAAUGUUAUUUAAAGGGUCAGUCUGGGUUUGGUUCAUCCAUUUUUUUUUUUACUUAAACCAAUGAUAUACUGUAUAGCCAUUGAUUCUUGAAGAAUAUAACUUAUAAAUGCCUCGUGGGCAUAGACGGGCUACACCUGGCUGUCUAUUUUACUUGACCUCUGACCCCUAACCUCUCCACUCUGACCCUUAACCCUCAGGGAGUGUGGGCGAUGCCAUCUCUGUGAUGAAGCCUGAUGUAUUUGUGUCCGAUGACGGGGGCUACACCUUGCUGUCUAUUUAUUUGACCUCUGACCUCUAACCUCUCCACUCUGACCCUUAACCCUCAGGGAGUGUGGGCGAUGCCAUCGCUGUGAUGAAGCCUGAUGUAUUCGUGUCCGAUGACGGGGGCUACACCUGGCUCCAGGCCCUGAAGGGACCUCACCACUACGCCAUCCUGGACUCUGGUGGACUACUGGUGGCUGUGGAGCACUCUGCUCAGCCCAUCAAAGACAUCAAGUACGUCUGUGUGUCAAAAGUAGUGUACUAUAUAGGGAAUAGGCCAGGGUGUCAUUUCAGACACGUAUUCAGAGGGCGAGGCGAUGCAGGUAGCCUGGAUCCCAGUCUCAGGCUAUUCUGCUGUAAGACAUACUGGUAUCCAGGCUAGAAUGCAGAGGCCUCAAAAAACCUAAAGAAAGAAACCACUAAAACAUCUGACAGGGCUUCUAUAGGGAACCACGUUACGAUAAAACACCUUAUGGCAAUUGUGCUGACGUAGGAUAUGUGUUCUUUCCUGUCAGGUUUUCCACAGACGAGGGCCAGUGCUGGCACCUUCACCAGUUCACUAGCGAUCCCAUCCACUUCACAGGGCUAGCGUCGGAGCCGGGGGCGAGGUCCAUGAACGUCAGUGUCUGGGGCUACAGAGACUCUCUGCUCAGUCAGUACUGGGUAUCAGUCACCAUCGACUUCAGAGAGCUGCUCACUAGAGACUGUGAGUACCAGGAGAUACAAUUAAAACACUUCACACUACUUAGCCAACCCGAGCUGCACUGGACUGACCCUGUUACGCAUCCACGAAACCAGUCUAAAGGAAACUGAUGUGAUAUAGAUGGGACCGACUGGGGUUCAAACCCGGUUCUCUUACACCUCAAAGAACUGUGGUAGCCUGCUGAGCUAAAGUCUCAUGUCUGUUUCUCAGGUGAGGACCAGGACUACGUGCAGUGGCUGGCACACUCUGAUGACAUCAGCGACCCUAACGACGGCUGUAUGAUGGGUUAUAAGGAGAAGUUCCUGCGUCUGAGGAAGGCCUCCGUCUGCUGGAACGGACGGGACUAUGAGGUCAACAAGCAACCCAGCCCCUGCCUCUGCACUCUGGAUGACUUCCUCUGGUCAGUGGUUCAAUGACUUAAACUGUUGUUUGGAAACUGUAAAUCCAUAAGCAUAUUGCAGUUGUGUAUUGUAAAGGAGAAUAGAUUAGACUAGAUUACCUUCAUUUAUUUUGUUCAGGUCAGCACAUCAGAAACAUACAAACAAUUUACAAUAUUGGGGGUUGUCUGUUGUCUGUGCACUGUGUUACAUGUGGAGGAUGAACGUCACUAACUGUACUGCUAUGUCUGUCUGUCUCUGUCCCUUGUCUGUCUGUCUGUCCCUCUGUCCCUCCCUUUCUGUCUGUCUCUGUCCUCCUCUUCCUGUCUCUCUGUCCUCGUCUCCUCUGUCGUCUGUCUCUGUCUCUUCUGUCUGUCUGUCCUUUUGUCGUCUGCUCUGUCCCUUGUCUGUCUGUCCCUCCUGUCUGUCUGUCUGUCUUCUGUCUCUGUCCUCCUUCCUGUCUCUGUCUCUGUCCUCUGUCUCUGUCCUCUCCUGUCUGUCUGUCUCUGUCCUCCUGUGCUGUCCUUCUGUCUGUCUCUGUCCUCCCUGUCUUCCUGUCGUCGUCUGUCCUCUGUCCCUCCUGUCUGUCUCUCUGUCUGUCUGUCUGUCUCUGUCCCCUUCUGUCUGUCUCUCCUGUCCCUCUGUCUGUCCUCCUUCCUGUCUGUCUCGUCCUGUCCCUCCUGUCUGUCCUGUCUGUCUGUCUCUGUCCUCCUCCUUCUGUCUGUCUGUCUUCCCCUCUGUCUGUUUUGUCUUGUCCCUCCCUCCUGUCUUCCUUCCUGUCUGUCUGUCUCUUCGUUCCCUCCUGUCUCGUCCUGUCCUGUCUGUCUGUCUCUGUCCCUCUGUUCUGUUCGUCUCUCCCCUGUCUGUCCUGUCUGUCUCUGUCUGUCUCCUCUGUUGUCUGUCUUCCUUGUCCUCUGUCUCUGUUCCUCCCUUCCUGUCUGUCUGUCUGCUGUCCUCUCCUGUCUGUCCCUGUCUGUCUGUCUGUCUGUCUGUCUGUCUGCCUGUCUCUCUGUCUGUCCGUCUGUCUGUCUCUGUCUGUCUUCUGUCUGUCUGUCUGUCUGUCUGUCUGUCUGUCUGUUCUGUCUGGUCCUGUCUGCUCCUGUCUCUGUCUGUUUUUCUCUGUCUGUCCCUGUCUGUCUGUCUCUGUUUGUCUGUCUGUCCCUGUCUGUCUGUCCCUGUCUGUCCCUGUCUGUCUGUCUGUCCAUGUCUGUCUGUCUCUAUCUGUCUGUCCCUCCCUGUCUGUCUGUCUGUCUAACCUGCUCCACGCUGCCCCCCUGCAGUGACUUUGGGUACUACCGUAAAGAGAACAGCUCUGCGUGUGUGGAGCAGCCGGACCUGAAGGGCCACAUUCUGGAGUUCUGUCUGCAGGGCAAGAAGGAGCUGCUGCAGACCACAGGGUAAGGCUUUGUUCCAACCUGGGCAUUCACGAGACCGUGUUAGCCCACUGAGCGAAAGCCUAGGCAUUAGCUUGGGGAGCUAACACAGGUCUUCAAGUCUCAGACAAAGCUACUCAUCACACAAGUGUGGAUCACCGAACCACCUCCAUUAAGAUACUCUCUUGUGUGACCAUGACUGACCACUAACCAUGCCUUCCUGGUCCACAGCUAUAGGAAGAUCCCUGGGGAUAAGUGUGAGGGAGGAACACAGCCGGAGAGGAAAGAGAUCGACCUCAGUAAGAGGUGUGUCAGUGACCUGCUGGGACGUCAGGAACUACUGGUUAGUAGAACUAUUUAUGUUCGUGGAUCUCAUUGGUACUGGUCUACGAGGGCCAUAAUCCAGUGGUAGUCUGAUGAGUUUUGACUCCACCCCCAGCAGAAAGCUGGUUAAAAUGAAGUCAUUACAUCCAGUUGAAUUUGGUCAUAAUGACGUUGUUUCAACCAGUUUAGCCUGAUGGGGGUGGAGUCAAAACUCCCCAGACUACCAUUGGUCCUGUUAUACAAUGACUGACCACUGCAACAUGACUAUGGAGGUGAUGCUGUACCGCUGUCAGUAGUAACGCUACUGUAGUCUUACUCUCUCUCUCCGUAUCUCCCCCCUCCUACAGACGGAUGGCCAUCUGUCCAGCUCUGCACCCAUCGUAGUGACGGUUCUAAUCAUUUUGAUACUCAGUAUCGUAGCUGGGGUCCUCUUCGUCAAGAAGUACGUCUGCGGUGGAAGGUCAGUACAGCUGUUUUUACGAUUCCUUAUGUUCUUUUAGAUCAGGACAGCAAACUCUUCCAGGGAAUGUACUGUGUCCAGUUGUAGCCAUGUAUACAUCCACAAAGAACUGCAGAGAGUGAAGAGGCUGAUCGGUACUUUAGGAGAGAGCUGUAGAGAGCUUCUAAUGAUCCGAGCUGAGCCAAACCAAGCUAUACUGAGUCGAGCCAAACCAAGCUAUGCUGAUCCGAGCCAAACCAAGCUAUACUGAGUCGAGCCAAACCAAGCUAUACUGAGUCGAGCCAAACCAAGCUAUACUGAGUCGAGCCAAACCAAGCUAUACUGAGUAGAGCCAAACCAAGCUAUGCUGAUCCGAGCCAAACCAAGCUAUGCUGAGCCGGGCCAAACCAAGCUAUACUGAGCCGGGCCAAACCAAGCUAUGCUGAUCCGAGCCAAACCAAGCUAUGCUGAGCCGGUUACUCAGGCACCAUAGUUUCUGGCACAACGAUAGUGUUAAAAGGGUUUAAGUGGCUCAGUGUGUCUGUGUGUUUCGAUUGGCUCCCCCAGGUUCCUGGUGCACAGCUACUCUGUCCUACAGCAACAUGCUGAGGCCCUGGGAGACGGAGUAGACGAGCCACUAGACAGCAACCACACUCAGGCUGGCAACAAGACCGACUUCCACAACGAUUCAGACCAGGUAAUGUUACCAUAGAAACACACACACACUUUACAUAUCCUUUUUAUGUUGUUAUUUGUGUGGCCUUAGCACUUGUUAAACCGAUUAAAAUGUAGGUCAGUUCUUAGUUAAAGGAAUGGCUGUCUCUCCGUUGCCUCAGGGUUUUCUCUAGUCCUUUCUGUUAAAAGUCCACUUUCAUAGGAAUGUUUUUGUUCUCUGUGCUUCUGUAGGAUCUUCUGGAGUAACAGGAGGAUCCUGCAGCUCCCAGGAGGAACUACUAGCCUCCUGCAUCUACAAGGGGAAUCUAGUUUCCUGUCUGUCCUUUACAACCCAGAGCCUCCUGCAUCUACAAGGGGAAUCUAGUCUCCUGUCUCUCCUUUACAACCCAGAGCCUCCUGCAUCUACAAGGGGAAUCUAGUCUCCUGUCUGUCCUUUACAACCCAGAGCCUCCUGCAUCUACAAGGGGAAUCUAGUCUCCUGUCUCUCCUUUACAACCCAGAGCCUCCUGCAGCUACAAGGGGAAUCUAGUCUCCUGUCUCUCCUUUACAACCCAGAGACUCCUGCAUCUACAAGGGGAAUCUAGUCUCCUGUCUGUCCGGAGGCUCACUGCUCUACAUUGAAGAACAAGUUGAUCCUAUCUGUACACCCAGAGGCUCGCUGCUGCUCUCUCUCCUUCGCCUCCUGCUACUUCCUCCUUCCCCCCUCCACCAUGACCCUUGACCUCUAA